AAAAGUUUGUCAAUUUUCGCCUUACGAUAGUAUUUAGUACUGAUCUUUCAAGGCAUAUUUUCGAAAUGAAAUAGAAAAUUUUAUACGGCUUCGCAGUUACUACAGACUGUUUGCAAAUAUUCAAAAUUGUAUUGAAAAUUGUAAAGCUCAACAAUAGUAGGGUGAGAUUCGAGAGUAAAUUACCGGCCACCGGCGUAGUCAGCUGUGAGCGGCAGAAUUGUGUUGUAUUUUUGAUCUUCACCUCUUCCUUGUUGGCAAUAAACAGGACAUUAUUAUGGUCAAUCUAUAGAAACAGUAGGAAAUAAAUAAGGGUGUUCAAAGUAUGCUGCGUUCCUUCAUUUUCUGUUGGGUAUUUGUCAAUAUUGCCCUCGAAAUUAUUAAUGCCUUUGGAAAUUUAGAGCCACCUAAAAACACCACCAAACUGCCUCCUUGCAGGGCUUGCAAGGUUUUCGUGGAAUCUUUCAAGAAGGGCUUAGAGCGUACAUCCAAAUUCAAAUUUGAAGGUGGAGAUGCGGCUUGGGAAGAGGAAAAGCUAGGUAGCUACUCAACAAGUGAAGUACGCUUGGUUGAAAUUCAUGAAAAACUUUGCUCUGAGGUGGUUGAGGGGAAGGAACAAUGUUACAAUCUACUAGAUGAAUAUGAUGAGAAACUUGAAUACUGGUGGUUCAAGAAACAAAAAGAAGAGCCAGAUCUUUACAAAUUCUUAUGCAUCGACACUUUUAAUGUAUGCUGUCCAGAGUUGCAUUAUGGCAAACAAUGCUUACCGUGCCCUGGAUUCCCUGAUAAUAUCUGUAACAGUAAUGGAAGGUGCAAAGGUUCGGGAACAAGGAAAGGGGACGGAAAAUGCCAUUGUGAAGAAGGAUAUGAUGGUGACCAUUGUGAAAAAUGUGCGGUAAACUAUUUUGUUUCCUAUAAAGAUGAUAAGAAACUCCUCUGUUCGCCCUGUCAUGUAGCAUGUGAUGGUCCUUGUAGCAAAUCUGGACCUACAGGUUGUGUAAAAUGUAAAUCAGGAUGGUUGCAAGACAAUGAAAAAGGUUGCCUUGACAUAAAUGAAUGUGCAGCCCCAAAGAGUCCAUGUACCCCCUUGCAGUUCUGCGUCAAUAAAGAUGGGAGCUACAAAUGUCUAGACUGUGAUCGCUCAUGUGCAGGUUGUAGUGGUGACGGGCCCGAUAUGUGCAUAAACUGUGCCAGUGGAUACUUUAAAAAAGAUGGUUUAUGUGUUGAUUCUUCAGACGAGAGCCGUAAAAGCUUUGUUUCUCUCUCCAGGUAUUUGACAUACCUUGGUUUGUGCAUAGCAACCUGCAUAAUUUUGAAUAAGAACACGUAUUUAGCAGCCAUUGUAGGUUCCUGUGUUGGCAUUUACAUCACAGUUUCCGAGUAUAUGCUCAAUACAGUCCCGUCCCCCAAAAACAACAUUGAGAGCCAAGUAGCUGACCAAGUACUGAAAGCAUUAGGUAAUUGAUUUUAUUACCAAAGAAUAAAUUGAAUUGUUCAGUGUCAAAAUAUCCAACAAGCUCAUGAGUUAUUUAUUAUUUUGUUUGAUUUUUUAUUUAUUGAAUAGAACUUUUAAAAUCCAGUUAUCGAUGGUUCUUCGAUAUUAAAUACCAAAAGUAAACAUGCCCAAAAUAUGUAUGAGUGAAUGUGAUGUUUUCAUUCAGUAUGUUAAGAAAUUGUGUUAUUUUUAGUUGGAAAUAAAUGCAUUUUUGGUU